UUGCUGGCCGCGCAAGAUCUCUUCGCCAUUGGUCCCUGCGGGAGCGGCCGGCCUCCUAUUGGCUGAAACUCGAGAAAGGGGGCGGGCAAUCUUUCGAGUACGACGGGAGUAGCUGUCCCCGGGUCCUAGCGCCGGGCCUGACAGCGCUUGAGAAUCCCACCAAACUCAAGGCCGGAAGCGAGGGAAGUCACGUGCUGCCCAGGCCGCGCGAGCGAUUGGCUUGACUGGACGCGAAUGAUGCGGCUGUGAUUGCUGAAUUGUCCGGGCAGGUUCGGAAUCUCCGGGAAGCUCUCCUGACCUCCGCAUCCCUCCGGAGAGGAAGAGGAGGGGAGGCCUGCUCUCUCUGGGACCCAGCAGUCACACCCCCUUCAGGAGCCCUAAUGCCCACCUCAGGUGUUGGCAACAUGGAGUUCUGAAGUCCAUGUGGCUCUUCAUAGUGAAUCAGGUGUUCAGGAAAAUGCAGAGACGGCACAGCAGCAACACAGAUAACAUUCCACCUGAAAGAAACCGCGGCCAGGCGCUGGGCCCGGAGGCGGGCGCGGAUGAGGGCGGCGUCUUCGGAGGGCUGAAGGCCGAGGCGGCGGCCCCGCCCGCGCUCUUCUCGGGCCUCCCCGCCGGCCUCCCCGCGGGCGCCUUCCCGGCCGGCCUGGUGCUGGGCCCGCCGGCGGCCGGGGACCUGUUCGUGCAGAUGCCCGCCGCCAGGGAGGACGGCGCGGGCCGCGGCGACGCGGCCGCCUACCACCACCGCCAGCCGCACCUGCACUUCCCGCACGGCGGCGCGCACCGCGGGAGCGCGCUGCUGCAGCACGUGGGCGCCGACCCGCGCGGCCGCGACGACGGCGACGAGCAGCCCGGCACGCCCGCGCCCGCGCUGUCCGAGCUGAAGGCCGUCGUCUGCUGGCUCCAGAGGGGACUGCCCUUCAUCCUCAUCCUCCUGGCCAAAGUGUGCUUCCAGCACAAGCUCGGCAUCGCUGUGUGCAUCGGGAUGGCCAGCACCUUCGCCUACGCCAACUCCACGCUCCGCGAACAGGUCUCCCUGAAGGAGAAGAGGUCAGUGCUGGUCAUCUUGUGGAUCUUGGCCUUUCUGGCAGGGAACACCCUGUAUGUGCUUUAUACAUUCAGCUCCCAGCAGCUAUACAACAGCCUCAUAUUCCUGAAGCCCAACCUGGAGACCCUGGACUUCUUCGACCUGCUGUGGAUCGUGGGGAUCGCAGACUUCGUGCUGAAGUACAUCACCAUCGCCCUCAAGUGCCUCAUCGUGGCCCUGCCCAAGAUCAUCCUGGCCGUCAAGUCCAAGGGAAAGUUCUAUCUGGUCAUCGAGGAGCUGAGCCAGCUGUUCCGCUCUCUGGUCCCCAUCCAGCUGUGGUACAAGUACAUCAUGGGCGACGACUCCGCCAACAGCUACUUCCUGGGAGGCGUCCUGAUCGUCCUCUACAGCCUCUGCAAGUCAUUCGACAUCUGUGGCCGCGUGGGCGGAGUUAGGAAAGCCCUGAAGCUUCUCUGCACCUCUCAGAACUACGGCGUCCGGGCCACGGGGCAGCAGUGCACAGAAGCCGGCGACAUCUGUGCCAUCUGCCAGGCGGAGUUCCGGGAACCUCUCAUUCUCCUGUGCCAGAGCCAUCUGUAUUUCCUUCUCGGUAGCAGGGAAUGCUGGAACAAGAUGUCAAGCACGUGUUCUGCGAAGAGUGCCUCUGCCUGUGGCUGGACCGCGAGCGCACCUGCCCGCUCUGCCGCUCCGUCGCCGCGGACACCCUGCGCUGCUGGAAGGACGGCGCCACCUCCGCUCACUUCCAGGUGUAUUAGGGCCGAACGCUGAGGACAGACGCCGGAGGAUCAGGGGGCUUCCUGGAACUCACAUCCUGCCUCCUGCCUUCCACCGCCGCUGACCCCAAAGCCUGGCCCUGGCCUGGCCCGGCCACCUUGUCCUUCCUCCCCUGUGUGCAGCAAGGUGCGAGCGUCCUUUCCCUGCACGUGGGAAAGCCCUCCCAACUUGGACGUGGGCCCCUGCGCGUGGGAAAGCCCUCCCAACUCAGACGCCGGCCCCGCCCAGGUAGGUCUUCCGUCCCCCUCCAGCUUAAGGACCUGGUACUACGUGAAGUCCCCUCCUGUUGGUCAUUUUAACCUAGUACCUAGCCCUGGACGCUGCAGCCCGGGGAGGAGGUGUGAGAUCGCAGCGUCCCUGCGGUGCCAGGCAGAUUAGAAUCACCGUGACGUACGCUCAAAACGCAGGCGCUGGCCCCGAGGUAUACCUGCGAUGACUUGGCGUCCCACACGCUUAGUGUGCACCAGGCACAGUGUUGAGCGUCCUGUUUGGGUCCCCUCCCGUCCUCCCACCCCGCGAUGGAGGUGCUGCUGGCUUCCCCAUUGCACAGGUGUGGUCACUCUCCCAGCGUCACCCAGCUGGCAACGGUGGACCGAGCUUCCAACACAGGCCUGGUCCCGCUUCAGAGCUCGAGCUCUUUUUUUUAUUUUUAUUUUCUAAGAGACAGGGGCUUGCUGUGUUGCCCAAGCUGGAUUCGAACUCCCGGGCUCAAGCGGUCCUCCUGCCGUGGCCUGCCGAGUAGCUGGGGCUACAGGCACACGCCAGUGCGCCUGGCAGAGCCUGUGCCUUUGACCACCGUGCUGGCCUGCUGUCACCGUGCUGACGCUCCAGGCGUGGGGCCCAGCACACAAGGUGACUUUGAUGCCCGUGCCUGGUCAGGGGCGAGUGGCCCAGGUGCGCGGCGUGUCCGAUCCGGCUGUGCUGGGAGCGCGGGCAGCGAUCGCCAGCUCCUGGAACGGACUUGUGGCUGGGCUCGCAGAAAAACCUGGCCUUCAGGCGGCUGGUUUCCUGGGUUUGGGCUGGGGUGCUCGGUGCCAUUUCGGUGUCGAGAAAGGCCAGCUUCAGCCCAGAUGUGGGUGCCACUUGGUCUGCCAUCUUUCUAUCGUCCCUCCCUCCAUUCUGAGUCCUGCUGGCGGCUCCUGUGGACAUCGCCGUCUGCCCCGGUAGCCGUCAGAGCAAAGGGACCAUGCAUGUUGUGGAUUCUUCCACGAGCCAGGGCGACGGCAUAGAGAGCCAUAGCGACCCGCGUUUCCACGAUCUCUGUGGCAAACCUACUUCUCCACCUGUGAAGCUCUCCCUGUUGCAAAAUCUGGGAUGACAUGAUUCAGGGGAUCACACUGAAGCCACCAGAAUCUUGCCUGCCACAUCCCUGUCCCCAGUGUGUUCUCGUUGUCAGCCCCAGCACAAUAGGCUGGCGUCAGCGGCAGCGAGGAGAGAGCAGGCUGUGUGGCUAGCGACCAGAUUAGCACGCAAGCUCCGGGAGCAUUGGGGUGGCCUCUCUGGCCCCUCGUUCGCAGCCAGCAUCAACACGCCCCUCCCCCUCAUCGAUUCGGGACCCUCGUCCCCCUGCGCCGCCAAGCCAGGACUUUUUCCUUUGCUUUGCAUCCCUGGCUCUCUCCUGGUGGCCAGCUAGACAGCUCUUCCAGGGCAAUGUGGCAUCUUUCGAGCUCUGUUACUAUGGCAAUGGCCGUGAUGUUACAAUCCCACUUGUCUGGAUAAUCAAGCAGGACGGCGGAGCGGAGGGAAGCGGGGCCAGGUGGACGCGGCUGCUCUGUGUUCUCCCCGGCUCGAGGAGGAACCUGAGGGAGGCAAUGGGAACUUCUGCAACUGGUUUUUAUCAGAAGGAGCAGCCCACCUGCAGACGCCGUCGAGGAGGCAGGCACAAGAAACUGGAGCUGGAGACGCGGAUCAAAGCGCGCGCGUGUGGUGGAGCAGCUAGAGCCGUCCGUUGGGAGGCAGACCUGGAAUUCUGAUUCCAAACUCUGCAUCACUUUGGGAAGUCAUUUCACCUCCCCGGUAGCCACCUCCAGGGUGGCAAAACCUAGUAUAUAAUCUGCAGGAACCAAGGAAACUAACAAUGUAGGAUGGCAGUGAAUAUGCUAAUGGUUUUUCCAAGCCACUCCUUCCCCCCCCCAAAAAAAAAAUUCUCUAGCAUUCUGCAAAUAAUGAGCCACUUCUCUGAUACUAUAAAGAAUGUCACAGGUAGGGGACAGUCUGGGGCAGGUGGGAUGGUUGAGUUUAGGAUUUUAUUUAUUCAUGCCUUACCCUCUGGGGGAAUGGCCCGAGUGAGGUUUUCUCCUGGGUGGGAGGAUUUAACUUCUGCCUCGGGGGCAACAGUGGCUCAUGCAGAGUUUUCUCAGCACCAGGCUGUGUGAUUUCCCCAACACGAGUCUGAACGCAGCCAGGAGUCCCCACUGGAAAAGAACAAUGCCAAUUCAUAAACAAGACUCAUGCAGUAUCGGGUUCAGAGCAGCCCGAUCUACAUAUUUUAUGGUGCACUCACUCAAGUUCCACAAAGUCCUUAGAAAUGGUCCUCUUAAUGUAAAAGAUCUUGAGAAUAAUGUAAGGAAAUAAUAGAGGCAAGCUUUGGACCUGGAUGUAAUAGUUUCAUCACCUCCAAAAGAGAGGUGCCUUAAGGGGACCCUCAGGCUGCUAUGACUCGAAACCAGAAGGAGGAAAUGGUAAAGCAAGUUCUGGAAUCUCAGUACUUUUGCUCUGGGGCAAACAGCUGCCUUCGGUGUUUUUAUGUCUCCUUAAGUCCCCUUCUGCCAAUAAAUCUCAUCUGUUGAUGCAA